AUGGACAACAGAGUCACUCUUGCGUGGCUGGAUCGUCUCGGCACCUCUCUCGCAUCUCGGCCAACAUUGCCCUAUCGCCAGCCACAAUAUGCAUGGUAUGCCUUCACAAAUGACGGAGGACCACGCACUUUGAGACAGAAUCGAUCUCCUACCGUCCCAAUGGAGGCAGCAGAGCGUGUCGUGAUUCUGGCUCUAGGCAGUGAGACAGAAAGUGAUCCCGGAGUCGACUCUGAUCUUGAAAACGAGGUUGAUUACUCUCCCAAAGGAAACGCCUUGGUGCGAAAUCCCUAUAAUGGAAGACUCGAGAUGUGGCCAUAUCUAGAAGCGAGAUACGAAGCCCAAAAGGAAGCGUGGAAAAAGGAACGGCGAGGAAAAAAAGCUGUCAAAGAGGCUGAAGAUCAGGCUAAAAAUCCAAGCGAAGCAAACGAUAAUGCCAAUGGUAAUAUUACUGAAGAUGGAAAUGCCACCGUCCACGUCCAAACCAACGUUGUCCAUCAAGGCGAUGCUUCCGCCAGCGAUGCAAACGGUGAUGCCAAUGGCAAUACUACUCUAGAUGGCAAUGCAACGAUCCCCGUUCAAACCAAUGGUGUCCGUGAAGACGAGACUUCAGCAUGUAAUGCAGAAGACGGUACCAAUGUCACUCCUGUCACCACGGCUGUCGAGAAUGGACAACUCAUUGUCAACAUCCAUGCAGAUGACAGUUCUGCCAACAAUGCAGAAGAUGAUAACAACAUCACUCAUGUCACCAUCGCGAUUGGGAAUGGACAACUCGGCGUCGGACUUCAUGCAUGUGGUGUACUUGAAGAUCAUGUUUCGAGCACCGACACAAACAACCCCGUGUACACACCCGCCACUUCUCGAGUCCCCACGACCACCGUCAGCAGUAGUAGCGACGCCAGCGACCCUGAUGCCGUUCCUACCACUGAUCAGCUCGACGACGAGCAACCUGAUGCAGCCUUGCUCUACCCUCUCCCCAUGUUCAUCUACAACGCCCUGAUCCGCGAAUUUGGCGACCGCCCUUUCUGGGUUCAAACCCACCACCAGUCUCUCGCUUGCUCGAUGCUCAAGCGCAAACUCGUCCUCGUCCGUCUCUGCCACCUGGCCUGCCUGCGCAACUUUGCCUUCCCCAAGAUAAAAGAACGCCAGGGUCGUCUCAGAGGCAGGUCGCUGCUCCUCCUCAUCAACCACUUCGCGUGGGUUAGGUUCGUCGUUCGCUACCCUGGCCUCGUCGAUCGAGUCAUGAAGUACGUCAAGUGGCUGGAAAUGUUGGAGAACGAGUACGUACAGGCCGUGCCGUACUUUGAGACGUUCUGGACCGCAAUGGAGUGUGGCGAGACACCGGGCGGGGACGUCCUCGAGGCCCUCAUCGAGAUGAACAGCAAGAGGAUAUUCCUUCAGGGAAAGAUCUUCGCAGAGGAGCACAUCGUCCAUGAGCUCAACGACGAGGCUGAGAAUGCUCCGUCCUGGAUCGAGUGGGUCGACCGUCGUGCGGCCAAGAAGUAA